UAAAAGGAAAGAAAGAAGAAGAAAUUAACAUCAUGGGAUCCAAAGAGCAACAAAAAGCAUUGCUCAAUCAACAGUUGGAGCAACUUGGUUCAAUUACUAAUUCCCCUUCUGUGAAUAAGACAUCAAUCAUUGCCCAUGCAUCAAAGUAUAUAGAAGAAUUAAAGGAAAGGAUUGACAAGUUAAAUGAAGAUGUUUCAACUUCACAACCUUCUCAUCAUGACCAUGAAGAUGCCUUGCCAGAGGUUACCGUAGAAACCCUAGAGAAGGGAUUCAUAAUAAAUGUGUUUUCAGAAAAGAAUUGCCCUGGUUUGCUAGUCUCAAUAUUGGAAGUCUUUGAAGAGCUUGGCCUUGAAUUAUUGGAUGCUAGGGUUUCUUGUUCAGAUUGUUUUCGACUUGAAGCUGUUAGUGAUAAGGAAGGAGAGAUUGAAUGCGUAGAUGCCCAAAUGGUAAAACAAGCAGUCUUGGAAGCUAUAAGGAAUUGGAAACAACGCAAUCAACAAGUUUAAUUUAAUAACCUUUACUUAUGUUAUCUUCUCCAUCUGUUCUUUCAACAAAAAAAGAAAUCAAAAUUAAAAAAAAAAAAUGAAAAAAAGGCAAAUAAGCAAAAAGGAAAAGUCCUUUUUGUAAAUUCUGCAUUUUAUGGAUUAAUAUUAAUCAACAAGGUCAGAA